AUGUAUUAGACUGAAACCAAGUCAUCCCUUUAUGCAUCGAAAUUAAUCUAAUAAACAAAUUAUUCGGCUCUAUCCUCAUUGCCAAAAACGUAUAUUAGAUAGGUAUAAGCAGAAGGUAAGAUAGAUUUCGAUAAUCGUUUAGGGGAAAUAUUUAUGGCAGCUCCUUAGAAAUGUGCUAAAUUGUGGAAGGAGUUUAGGAGAAACGAUUUUACAUAAGUUUAAAUACCAUAUAAGACAGCAAUUUCAGUUUUUGAUGCUUGCAAGGAAGACUUAUAAAUGAUGUUAAAGAUCUCUAAUGGAAAGGAUUUCUUCGAUUUGUUUGAUUAAGACAAUGAUGGGUAUCUAAAUGAAGAUGAGUAAAUUUUAGUGUUUAGCAUCAUAAAAGAAAAAAUGCAAUAAGUUGCAAAUCUAUUGUUAUAAAUAUAAUAAUAUGUUCCCUUCAAAUAAUUGAUGAAGGCCAUUAGAACUUUAGAACAAAACAUUUGCGAAUAUUAGGACAUUCUAAGAUAAAAGAUCUAUAAAUCAGAGAUUUCCACCUACAAAGAGAUAGGUCUCGAAAAAUUGGAUGAUUUUUAUGAGAAAUACUAUAAUUAUUUCAUGUAGUUCGAGAAUCAGAAAAAAAUAAGAAUAUAAAUCCAGAUCUAGAAAUAGCUAGAAGAAAUGGGGUAAUUGGAAGAUAAAUUAUCAAAAAACACAGAGUUUUUGAAAGUAAAGCCUAAGAGGAAACUAAAAGAUUUAUAAACUUAAGAGAAAUUGGUUUCUUUAGAUGAGAGAGUAGAAGAAGCAAUGGAUUUCCGUAGAGAAUUAAAAAAUAUGGAGAAAAAAGAAUAAGAAAGAGUGGCUUCAGAAUAGGAAAAGCGUGUGGAAAGUUAAAAAGACGAGUUAUAACGUAAACAUUAAAAGCAGAUGGAACAACUCAAAGCUAAAUUGGAAGAGUAAGAACAUAAACUGAUUAUAUAACUCAAAAAGGAAUACAAUGUUUUACUAAAGUAAAUAGGCUUGCAUAGUAAUGAGAUUGAGAGAAUUCAAUCAUCUGCAACUCAAAAUGCUGUUAGAAAAGGAGAAUAGGAAGGAGAACUUAAAAGAAUGAAAGAGAGAGCCAGAAUACAAAACUUUAUCAUUGGAGAUACAAAGAGAACUAUGACACCUAAACCAUAAUAAUAAAACACUUCAACUUAUGAGGAAUCCAUGAGUUCAUCUCCAAGAUCCCCAGCUGUAGUUACUAAAUAUGAUAGAGCUGCUCAUGAAAUUAAACACUUGAUUCAUAAAUAAAAUUACACCUAGUUUUACAUUAAAAAAAAAUAUGGAGCUGAUCUACCUGUCAACUAUAAACCAGAGCCAUAUAAAGUAUAAGGUGACAAUCACGAAAGAAUUGAAAAGAUUUUAUCAGUUAAAAAAAAGAAUCCCCAUGAUAUAUUACCCUCAUUAACUGAAUUGUAUGAUGAAAAUCUCAAAGAAUUAGAUAAAGGCAGCACUCAAAAAUCAGAAUAGGAACUAACAUAGGAAAGAUUAAAAAAGAAAUAAUUUAUUUUAGAAAAACUAGAAGAAUCAACUCAUUGA